AUGUGGUUUGACCUUGCGCACCGCCUGUUCCUGACUGCGAGGUACAUUGCGAAGGGCGAUGACGACAUGUUCCUCCGUGUGCCGCUGUUUGUUGCUCACCUGCGCCUACUGCCGCGCCGAGGGAUCUACAUGGGAUACCACAUGCUUCCUCCCUCUGGUCCGGAAAGAUAUAUAAGAGGUUACACGUUUAUGGUUGGCUGGUGCUACACCCUGUCGAGGGAUGUGGCGGAGGCGUUGGUGUCGUACAAGCCGCUGCGCCGCCUGGCCUACCUGCCGUACAGCAAGGAACGCGACCACGAGUUCGCACCCCUUCUUUUUUAUGAAGAAGACGUCAUGGUCGGUUGGGUUCUUGGGAGUGUAUUAAAGUACAAGCCAAUGGUAUACGUCGAGAUGCAGGAUUGUCAUUUCCAUGACGUUCGCAAUGGCACGGGGCACUCGCAGGUGGUGCCGACCUCGAUGUGUGUCCAUCACGUGCGGGAGGACGACUACGCUGCGCUGAUGGCGCGCUUCGGUAACGACACAUCGCCUGUUGCCCGUGUGGAAUGGGUCUCCGAGGACACGAUUUCUUCUCAGUGCGAUUGA